AUGUGGAUUUUUAUAUUAAGCUUUUUUUUAAACAUAAUAUUUGUUUUUUCAGAAAACAGCAUUUUAGAUCUCACUAGUAAAUAUCCACUUUAUGAAAGUGACCCAUUACUUAUACAUUCACAAAGAAGUAAUUUUUAUCAUGAACGUUUACGCAGUGCAUUAUCUCUUCUUGAAUUUGAAAAUCUAUUUUCCAAUUACCAAGACGACGAUUAUUAUUUAGCAGUUUUAUUAAGUCCAAAUGAUUUGUAUUAUUAUUAUCAUUGUUAUUCUUCUCUGGAAAAACAGUGCAAAAUUUUGAAAGAUAUAAAUAAUAAAUUAUCUAGUAUCUGCAAAAACAUUAAGAGCUCAUGUGAUCGUGGAUAUAAGAAUCUCCAAUCAAAAUCAAAAAAACAAUUAAAAGAUCUCUCUGAUAAAAACAUAAAUAUUAAGGACCGAUGUACUAAAUUGCAAACAAGAUGCUUUAUUUUAGAAGCCCAUGAUUCAUACCUUAAUUCAAAAUGUUCUGAACUAAGGGAACAAUGUUAUAAAGAUACCCGAAUGAAUAUAGCAAAAACAAUUAUCUGGGAUCUUUUAAGAGGGACUUUAAAUAAAUUUAACGUUUGCAUGGAAAGACUUAAAUCCGAAUGCUAUACUAUUAGCAAAGAAAGCCAUGAGCUAAUGCAUUUAUGUUUAGAAGCGGUAAAUACAUGCUUUUUUUUUAUGGAUAUGAAUAAAAGGGAAUGUAAACGUUACCAAACUGAAUUCAAUCCACUAACAAAUAUUAUAACAUCUGAAAACUGUGAAAAAUGGCUCAAAGUAUGUUAUUUUUCUAUUCAAGAUUGCAAUGAUAUAUAUCCUUUAUGCUCAGAAUUUCAGUUAGAUUGUGCUAAACAAGGCUUUUUAUUUGAUUUUCGCAAGAGUUCCGCACACGAUCUAUUUAAGCAAACACAUAGUCCUCCUGAAGAAAAGGGUAUUAAAUAUGCAUAUGAUUCAUUAAUGAAAAUGGGUAUUCAAGUUCCAAAGAUGGAUCCUGUUUCUUUUAUCACUUUGAAAGGAUUUUCACGUGAUUUAGAUCUCGCAGACUUUUUAGUUAACGAUACCAGAGCAGAUGAAAAAAUAUGUACAACUGUACUAAAUAGAAAAUGCAAAUGGAUAACUUAUCUAGAUUACAUAAAACCAUUAUGUAGCAGUUUUCAUCAACUAGGAUAUCAUACUGUUUGUCAUAACAUAUAUUAUCGUACUAAAACUUUAUGCAAUAUAUUUAUUGGAAAAAUGGAAGCUUAUCGCUUUUGGUCAUAUCCAGAUCGACCACUUCCUAAAAAUGAAUGUAGAAAUUUUCUAUCAUUAUGUUAUUUUAUUGAUAAAUAUUUUACUUAUUGGUUAGGUUAUAAUAUUUGCAAGGAUGUACGACUCGUUUGUUAUCAAGCAGAUAUGGAAGAAUCAAUUACUAUAGACUUAAUAGCCAAAUUAGACGAGAAAUUUCAAGUGAAUGAUUUAAAAAACUCAUUAACUUCUUGUAAAAAAGCUCUUUUAGCUCAUUGCAGUAAUUAUAUGUACCACAAUUACUAUGCAUUACACAAAUGUUUUCAUCCGGAGGAAACAUGUAAGAAUAUAACAAAAUAUAUUGAUGAACAACGCAAAACAUUAGAAACUCAAAUAACUCAAAAUAAAGAAGUACUUACACUAGAUCUUUGCAUUGAACUAAAGAAAAAAUGUGAUACGUUGAGAGCAUAUCACUCAGGUGCAAUGCAUUCAUGCUCUAUUCUUAAUGAAAAAUGUUCUGAACUACCAAACCUGCUUCAACAUGAAAACAAAAUACUUAAAAAAAAUGAUAGUUAUUUAGAGAAUAAAGAUAAGUGUGUAGAUUAUCUUACCCAAUACUGCUCUGAAGAAAAUCUUGCAACUACUUCUAUAUGCGCUAAGAAAGAAGAAACCUGUCGUCAAAUGAUACAACAUGUUUCACAACACUGCACACGAUUUUUACGAUAUUUGUCCUAUUAUGGAUUUUCAGGUUUGUCAUAUUAUGGAUUAUCAGGGACAAUAGAAGAUCCAAUUAAACAUAAUCAUUGUAGUUAUUUACUUGAUAAUUGCAAUAUGCUUGAAAAAAAUUGUUAUGGAUCUUUAGGCAAUAUAUGUGCUGAAGUCAGAGCUAAAUGUACUAAUCUCUUAAAUAAAAAAAAAGAAUUGGAUAAUUUAUAUACUGAAAUUAAAGACGAACAGUUUAAUCAUACGAAGUGUAUGCAAAAAUUAAAAAUGAAGUGUAAUGACAAUCAAGAACAAAAAACAUUUACUCUAUGCAACAACAUUUCUAAUGCAUGUAAAGAAUUAGAGGAAAAAGUAACUACAGGAUGCCGUGAAUUAAUGUUAAAAAUUCUUGAAUCUACAACCGACACUAACUCUGAACUUGCUACCAAAUGCAAUGAAUUAGUAAAUACAUGUUCUUAUGCACAAUCAACUUGCAUUAAAGUUAGCGAAAAAAUUGUUGAUAUAUGUACUAAUUUCAUUCAAAAAUGUAACAAUAUAUCUUCACCAGAACCACCACCAGAACCACCAGUACCAGAACCAGCACCACCAGCACCACCAUCAGAACCAUCAGAACCAGAGACACCAAAACCAAAACCACCAGAACCAGUACCACCAGCACCAACAGAACCACCACCAGAACCAGAACCAGAGACACCAACAGAACCAGCACCAGAACCAGCACCAAUACCACCAGUACCACCACCAGAACCAGAACCAGCACCACCAGCACCACCAAAACCAGAACCACCACCAGAACCAUCAGAACCAGAACCACCAGCACCACCAGUACCACCACCAGAACCAGUACCACCAGCACCAACAGAACCAGAGACACCAAAACCACCAACACCACCAAAACCAGAACCACCACCAGAACCAUCAGAACCAGAACCACCAGCACCACCAGUACCACCAGUACCACCACCAGAACCAGUACCACCAGCACCAACAGAACCAGAGACACCAAAACCACCAACACCACCAAAACCAGAACCACCACCAGAACCAUCAGAACCAGAACCACCAGCACCACCAGUACCACCACCAGAACCAGAACCAGAGACACCAACAGAACCAGCACCACCACCAGAACCAGAACCAGAGACACCAAUGCCAAAACCGACAAAUUCAACUACAUUAAGUUCACCAACUAUAUGUUUGCCAAAACCUAAACCGACAUGUUUACCAAAGCCUAAACCAACUACUACAUGUUUGCCAAGGCCUGGACCAACAUCAUCUGAUGAUAGACGUAUAAUAGGCAUUGGAAUUAGACUAGAAAAAUUACAAAGAAUAAAAUUAAUAUGGAUGAUUACAGGGAUAAUGCUAGGACUAUGGAUAUUCAUUUAA